GUCCAAGUACAAGCGCGCAAAAUGCAUGUAGUGCUAUAGUUAUGCUAAAUGACAUGAACUCCGGCGGUCUACAUUGUGUUGCUGAUUCAGAUAACGCCUUGAAGCUAAAGAUAUCAUUCUCUGCAGGGAAAUGUUCCCAAGAGUGUUCAGUCAGUUCAGAGCCUGAUGUUCUGACUGAAGUCACAAGCAGAAAUCUGUAUACCGUGCUAAAUGAAAUUCACCAAAAUCUGGUUCGCAGAGAUCCGCGUGGUAUUUUUGCCAACCCUGUAACUGACGAUAUUGCUGUUGGAUAUUCAGAGGUGAUCUCCAAACCCAUGGAUCUUGGGACAAUAUACAAUAGACUUAAAUCUCGGGCGUAUUAUCAGUCUGCUACAGAAUAUCUUGCUGAUGUCACAUUAAUGUGUAACAACGCAAUGGUUUAUAAUCCCCCGGAUACAAUCUAUUAUCAACGUGCACGUAAAGUGAGCGUUGAAAAAAUGUUGUUACUUUUACUUUAACUUUUCAAGCUACAUAAUUACUCACUGAGAUUACAUUUUUCAUCAGGGUUUAUUUGAUUCAAGUAUUCAAGUUCAGAUGGCUUUUUAUGACUAAUUUCUCAGACUUAAUUCUUUAGGAAUAGGGUGCUAGAUUAAGAUGACAAGUCGAAUAAUGAAGUUGUAAGCCUUCAUCAACUGAGGUGGUUAGGAUAUGUGUUACGUAUGCCCAACCAUCGCCUAUCUCAAUGGCUUUUGUCUGCUGUAGCAGUAGAUAUGAAAAAAGACAGCACCAGUCCAUAAAGUCACUGACAUUUGACCGAGCUAUAUUGAUAGGUGCAAACUACCUGGUUAGAGUCCUUGAUUAUCGUCACUAGUGAUCAGAGAUUUCAAACGAAAUGGCUCACAAUCGUUUGCAAUGACAUAUAGGUGCAUUCAUCCCUUAUUUUUCUCCAGAUUUUAAGCUUCUGAACUCUUCAUAAUAUUUUAUUUCACUAAUUUACAUUUUCUUGAACUGUAUCUUCAACGCCUAAUCGUCUUUGUUGACACUAGUACUGUUACUGUGGCAUGUGCUACUUUUGCUGACGGAUAUAAGUAUUAUGUAGCAGCAAUCGGAAGUGGAAUGCCUGUCAUCAGAAAAUUGAAAUGAAGAAAACAGAAAUGAAAUCAGAGAGCAAUCGAAGUAACAACAGAAUUAGAUCAAUGGUGGAGUAUACAAAGGAUAGUGCAAAGAUGUCCAAACGAUGUAUUUAAUGUAUGAUUUUCAUAUUUUACUAAAUCACUGUGUGAUUGUACGUUAAGCAAUAAAAUUGAUUGUCCCCACCUAAGUUACAUUAAACCUUCACCUCUUAGCAAAGUCAUAAAAGCUAUAGUUAAUUUAAGACGAAGGAGAUCAACAGGUUCAGAUAUCUUUGAGGAGUGAUGACCCAACAUUUUCGGUACAAUCAACUGAAACUUUAGCUACAAUCUAAAAGAUGGACAUAAUCCCAUCUAAAUGCUCUUGAUUGCUGGUUCCACUACCUCAUAGUGAUGGCGAACAUCUUGGGAUAACUACAAACGAGUCAAUUUAACUUGUAUGAUUUUCAAGAUGAUCGGAUGCUUAACAACAGAUCUGAGAGAUUCAUGCAGGCUCCAGACCUAGCCCUGAAUGUACCAACUCAAUGUUUACCUUCUUUCAGGUUUUAAAACAUACUUAUCGACUUCUGGUGUAGUCAUAUCCCUUAAUCAUUAUGUUUUAUUCUCUUCCGUGAAUUUAUCCAGUUAUUUCUCGUUUUUGAGUAUUCGUCACCCCUAUAGUCUUGAAAUAAAAACGUUCACAAGUUCCGUUGGUUAAAAAGUUAUUCCACUGGGAUUUCUUCUUAACUGUCUCUCCUUCUUGUGCUUUAUCAGCUGUUAGCAUUUUGUCGCAAACAAAUGACCGCUUCAUCAUUACAGAAAGCGUGUAAAGAUAUACCUGGCGGAUUGACUGUAGAGGAAAUUGGCGAUUUAACAAGUGUGGAAGCUCAAAUGAAUCAGAUGAAUCGCGUGAAACCAUUCCACAGAUCUUCAAAAUUACAUACUCACAGUCAAAGUGAACUAAGUGAUCACAAAUUCCGCUUUUCGCCUAAACGUGUUGAUUCUAAUCGUAAUAUUCCACCUACUGUACAGCCACUUGUCAGUCAUUCUUUUCAAAAGCAUCGUGGUCGUCCCAAAUCUCGUUUGUCUACUUCCUCAAGGUUAUAUUACAUAAAUCGGAAAGCCCUGAAAAGUUAUUCACAUUUCUCAUCAGAGGAACAUUUGUCUCGUGAUGAUUUGGAAAAUAAGAAUAACAACGACAAUACAGAAAAGUGUAUCUCGACUGUAGAAUUUAAAAAAUCAUUUGCCAGCCUUACAAGUUCAAAAAAAGUUCAACUAACUCAUCAAGACACAUCUAUUAGAUCAUCUGUCAAUACUCCUAUCUUACCUAUUCCACAUCGACGUGGUCGAGGUAGACCAAGAAAAAUCAAAAUUGAUGAUAUUCAAACAUCUUCAGGAAGUUCAACUUUGAACAUCUCUACACAACUUCAAGACUCUUCAUUGAUUUCUUCAAAUUCUACACCCAUAGAUGGGAGGAAGCAUUCUGAAAAUUUAUCUACACUAUCACAUGAUCAUUAUUCUCGUUCUAUAUGUGUAAAUAAUAGUUUUGAAAAUUCUAUAACUAGUCAUUCAAAUAUAUCUUUGGGACCAACGCAUUCAGAAUAUGAAAAUUCUCUUACUGAAUCUGUAAUGAAAAUUGAGUCAAAUUCUCAAUAUACUCAAGAAUUUUUAAAUAAUGAACCGAUUGUUUUAUUAAAUAUUGCACCAUCUACUCCAUCUUCAUCUCCAUUAUCUGGAUCUUCCUGUAAAACAUUUAUUGGUAAAACUUCAUUCGUUUCGAAAAAAUCUCAGAAACUGUCUUCAGACAUCCAAUCAAAUAAAUUAUCUCAAUUUAAAAUGGAUAGAAAUAAGGAGAUGUUUAAUUAUCUUGAUAAAACAAAUAGUGUAAAUGAUGAAGACAGUGUUUACAACGAUAGUUGUGAUGAAAAUGUGGAAAGAUCACAUCAUCAAAUAGUUGAUAAUGUUCCGAAUGAAAUUCUCAUUCAAGCUAAAAAAGCUGCUGAAGAGUCUGCUGCAAAAUUAAAGAGAAAAUAUGAAUUUAUCGCAAGUAGUGAAAGCAAUAAUGAAUACAUUGGACCAAAAAUUGUGUGUUUAAAUUGCUCAAAUCAAAGUGAAAUCUCUGCAGUUGAAUGUCCCAAAGCUCGUUCCUCCAUAAAUUCUCAACAGCAUCCAAAAAUUUCAGACUAUAGCAAUGACAACAUUAGUGAAAAUGAAGAAUCUUCAAAACCGAGACUUAAUUAUAAUGUAUCCUAUCCUCCAUUUUUGAUAGAUUUGUUAACAAAGUCAAAAUUACCAAAUACUCAAAAAAUGGAUGAUCAUUCACUGAGUAAACAAAAUAAAAUUUUGGAUGAUUUAAACAAACUAAAAUACAAUAUUGAUGAACCGAUAGCUGGUGCUAUUCAUGGACCAUUGGCUAUAUUUUCAGCGGCACAGUUAGCACAACUCAGCGACGUUUAUGGUGGAGAUCCUAGUGUAAUUGAAUAUGCGAUUUCUUUACUUAAAUUUGUCCAACCGAUGGGUCGAUGGGCUCGUCGUUGGGCCGCUAAACGACUGGAUGCUGCAACAGAUGGCUUACAUUCCCAAGCAUGUUAUACUUUAUCAUCUCAGCCUGCGCAUACAGUGGAGCCAACCUUAGAUAAAGAUAAGUCGGAUCUGCUCCAGAAUUGGAUUGACGUGGUGGACAUAACGAUUGAUCCUCCCACUCCAAAAGUUGAUCAGAGUGAUGUAGAACAUCUCGAACCCUGUUUAGUUGAUCUUCUCAAUCAGUAUGAUACAGUUAUUUCAUGCAGCAAUGAUACAAAUAAUUCAGUAUUAUCUACUAGCAAUGAAUCCGCGCCCUGUGUUGCUGAGACCACUAUAACGUACAUUAAAAAAGACAAUUUAAACUCAGUCAAUACUUCAUCUUUAUCAGGUUCUUUAGAUAUACCAGUAUCAAUCAAUUCUUGUAGUGUUGUAUCAUUCUGUGAUAAUGAUAUGUCCAAUUCUCAAUUAGUUUCUGAUUCUGCUUUAAAUGUUUCAAAUAUUCCACAACAAAACUCUUCAACUAGAGAAGUAGAUGAUGACCUCGAUGAUGUUAUAAUUUGUGAAUCGGUCCCACCACCCAUUGCAACCCACACUCCUAAUGUUGGUGUUAUUUUGCAACAGUAUGAUGUAAAUGAUGCUCAGCAGUCAGAAAAACUCCCACUAAUUGCUACUAAACUUCCAGAAGAUGAAAUAACCAUCACUGAUGAAUGUGCUUCUUCAUCUGUAAAAUCUGUGGACUACGUAGUCCCUCCUGAUACUCCCAGUCUAAAUGAACAUGAAUUAGAUUCUGUUGAUCAUAUAAAUGAUGAGCAGAUAUCAGAAAUCUCAGCAGACAGUUCAACUUCACUUUUAAAAACUGCACUCAGUGGUUCUUCAUUUUCACUGAAUAUUUCACAUGAUCGCAUAACUGUACAAAAUAAAGGAACUGUUGAUGGAUUGGAAGAUAGUUUUGGAAAUCUGUCUUCAGGUAGUGAUUGCUCAACUGUGAUGUCAACACACAGUUUGUUUUUAGACUCACAUCUUAUUACGCACAAAGAAUUACCUGUUAGUGUCCCACAUAUAGAAAAUCAGAUUGCUGUCAGUCAUUGUAACUCAAUAUCAAGCUGUUCUGAAACAACAGAUUCACUAACUGACCCUGUGGUACAAAACCAGUAUGGAGAAAUAUAUGCUGAUAAUCGUUUAAAUAUCGAUGCCCACUCCGCGAUUCUUGAUACUGCUGAAAGUUCUCACUCAAUUAUCUUGUCAAACUCAAUGUUAUCAGAUAAUACCUGUGAAGCUAAUGAAUAGCUGACAUCUAAUAAUAAUAUCUCAUCAGUUUCUUGACUUAAAUUGUUACUUCUUCUUACUACUACUUUCUCUCUGUACAUAUUAUUGCAUAUAUAACUGUGAACAAUACCUUAUUCGAAAGCCAUGGAUUUAUAUCACUUUCAUAUUCAAAACGUAUGUUUAUUGUUCAAUCCUUUUUGGUAUUUUAGAAACCGUUGCUCUUAACUCACUCUAUAUUAAUAUCUUAUAAUUUGUAUAAUCACUUAGUUUGUAAAUAUCUUCUUAAUCAAAAUGUUUAUCAUUAUCGUAUUACUCUUAGUUAUGUUCACUAAAUUUUUUUGUAAAUACCUUCGCAUAAUAAAAAUAUUGAUUUCAUGAAAUAUUGUUAUUUGUGGUACCUCUGUUUAUGUAGUUUCAGUAUAUGAUGUAAAUGAUCAAGAAAAUACUUCACAUUUUC